AUGGGGAGCCAACAAGUGUCACUGGCCAAAACUGGCCCUUCUGUACCGUGCUUCGUGGCCAGCCAACCUGGCCUCAGCGUGAUCAGGGGAAAAUACCUGCGUGUAAUGCAGAUGAAGAAUACAUUUGACAUCAAAUCAAACAAGUUGAAGAAAGCCACGAAUCUGGCUCAUGACUCAUCACUGCACAAACCAUGGCGACAUCAAAGUAUUGUGCUGCUCCUCUUCUCUCCUAGUUCGCUGCUUCAGGCCUGCUUGAGGCUAUCCGAUGCUGGCGUCAAGGUCUGCGUCAACGCACCUUGGUAG